AUGCUGACAUGUAGGUCCCUCUGGAGGAAGCUGGCUCCUCUCAGCAGAUCCGCAUCCACUGUCUGCCGGCAUAAUGUCAAAAGAACAGCGUUCAACAAUGGCAGAAGACCGGCUCUUGUACCGGCCAAACACAUGUCCACAGCUCCGGGGGGUGGUGGCAGUGAAAAUACUCUUUAUGUGGUGUUGGUUGGAGCUGCCUUUGUAGGAGGUUGUACUUAUGCAUACAUGACAGUAAGAGGAGACGGUAAAAGGUACGAAGAGCGUAUUACUGAAAUCGCAUCCAGAUCAGAAAAACAAGCCCCUGAAUCACUUCCUACAGAUGCCCCAGAACCAGAGGUGGAACCUUUGUCGAGUGAGGAGUCCACAGCUGCUGAACCUUCAAGUGAAUCAGAGCCCGUUCCAGCAGAAGAAGAACCUGUGACGGCUGCUGCUGAGCCAGCUGCUCCUGUUAUUGAGGACGCAGAAGAACCACCCACAGAGCCGUCUCCAGAAGCAGCAGAACCAGCUGUUGCACCUGUUUUAGUGGAGGAACCCCCAGUAUCUCCUGAAGCACAAGAGGAACUAGUGGAACCUUCUCCAGCUGCUGUAGACAGUGCAGAACCUGUUGCUGAGGCCCCACAAGAGGAGCCUCCAGCUGUAGUAGAGGAGGAAUCACCGGCUCCUCCUGAGCCACUAGCUGAAGUGUUAGAGACUCCUGCAGCAGUUGUAGAAAGUGCUGCAGAUAAAGAGGCACCUCCACCUGCUCCUGAACCGGAAACCAUCCAGGAGGUUGCAGCUGAAUCUUUAGUUGAGAGCCCCCCAGUGGCUGAGCCGGCUGCUGCAUCGGAGACUGUACCAGCCCUGCCCACAAUCCCGUCCCACGCUCCCUACCUUCUUAUUGGGGGUGGUACUGCCUCUUUUGCUGCUGCCCGCUCCAUUCGGGCCCGAGAUCCAGGGGCUAAAGUAUUGAUUGUGACGGAUGAGCCUGACCUCCCAUACAUGAGACCCCCUCUGUCCAAGGAGCUGUGGUUCUCCGAUGAUCCGAGUGUAACCGAAACCUUGCGCUUCAAGCAGUGGAAUGGCAAAGAAAGAAGCAUCUACUUUCAGCCGUCUUCAUUCUACGUCAACCCCGAAGACCUGAGCGCUAAGGAGAACGGAGGUGUGGCUGUUCUUACUGGGAAAAAGGUUAUUCAAAUGGAUGUGAGGGGAAACAAAGUUAAGUUGGAUGAUGACACUGAGAUCUCGUAUGACAAAUGUUUGAUUGCCACUGGCGGCAUACCAAGAAAUCUUCAGGUCAUUGAAAAGGCAGGUGAUGAGGUGAUGAAAAGGACAACUCUGUUCCGCAAGAUAGAGGAUUUUAAAUCUUUGGGCAAUGUCUCCAGAAAUGUCAAAUCUAUUACAAUAAUUGGUGGAGGGUUCUUGGGCAGUGAAAUUGCAUGUGCACUGGGUCGGCGAUCGGCUGAGACGGACCUUGAGGUCGUCCAAAUGUUCCCAGAGAAAGGUAACAUGGGAAAAGUACUGCCAGAGUAUUUGAGCAACUGGACGACAGAGAAAGUCAAGAGAGAGGGUGUAAAGGUCCUCCCUGAGGCUUUAGUCAAAUCGGUGUCCUUCAAAGAUGAUAAAUUGGAAAUCCUAUUGAAGGAUGGGCGUCAGGUGAAAACUGAUCACAUUGUUGCAGCAGUCGGACUAGAGCCCAAUGUUGACCUUGCCAAGUCUGCUGGUCUGGAGGUGGACUCGGACUUUGGGGGCUACAGGGUCAAUGCAGAGUUGCAGUCCAGAUCAAAUAUUUGGGUGGCUGGAGAUGCCGCAUGCUUCUAUGACAUCCGACUGGGCCGGCGGCGAGUGGAGCACCACGACCAUGCGGUUGUGAGUGGACGUCUGGCAGGAGAAAAUAUGACCGGUGCAAGCAAGCCCUACUGGCAUCAGUCGAUGUUCUGGAGUGACCUUGGCCCAGAUGUAGGCUACGAAGCCAUUGGGAUUGUUGACAGCAGUUUACCAACAGUGGGAGUAUUUGCUAAGGCUACCCCAAAGGACACACCAAGAGCAGCUACAGAGCAGUCAGGAACUGGGAUCCGCUCUGAAAGUGAAACUGAGGCCACGGCUUCCAGUCCUGUGGCCUCGCCUACACCAACUCCAGUCAUGGAUCAAAAAGACGAAUACGGCAAAGGAGUGAUCUUCUACCUGAGGGACAAGGUGGUGGUGGGGAUCAUCCUCUGGAAUGUUUUCAAUCGAAUGCCUAUCGCCCGCAAGAUAAUUAAGGACGGAGAAGAACAUGCAGAUUUGAAUGAAGUGGCCAAGCUCUUCAACAUUCAUGAGGAUUAA